CUGUUUUGUUUUUAAACCAAGUCCCAAGAAGAGAAUGAUGUCUCACAAAACAGCUAAUGAUUUCAGAGAAAGAAAGGAUGAUUCAGAGGAUGCCGAGUUGCGGUUUGUCACUUGUCAGUCUUUAUGGAAUCAGAUAAAAUCGGAAACAGAGCAAAUACAGGAAGACUUGAAUAAGCAGUUAUUUGAUAACCUAGUAAGUUUCUUGAGGCGGUCUCAUUCUGACUUCCAAGAGAAGACAGCAGAAUGGACUUGUCGGAUGAAGUCCAGAGAAAUCCCUACUGCAGCUCUUGUCUUAGGUGUAAAUGUUACGGAUCAUGACUUGACUUUUAAAAGUCUCUCAGAAGUCCUUCAGGAUAACAUUACUCCAUAUAUAGCCUUACUAGAAGCCAAAGAUUGCCCGGGCAUAAAAAAUCUGAUCCAGAAGCUGAUGGGGCAGCUGAUGAACUGCCGUAUAGAUGUGGACUCACUGGAAGACGAGGACUAUGUGCAGGUUUCCCAGAAUAGAAUACGUUGUUCAAUGACUUCUCUUAUCACCUGGUACGAGAGUGUAACAAAGAAAACAGAUUCUGAAACUCCAAGCAAAAAAAGAACUUCCUCUUCCAGACACGGGCAGUCUCCUCCAGUUGUAGUUAUAUUCAAAGACAUGGAAAGUUUCACCACAAAAGUACUUCAAGAUUUCAUAGUCAUCAGCAGGUAACAUGACCUG